CUCCGCCUUUGGGGUUAAAAAAAAAAAAAAGAAACUCUCCGCUCUCUUUCCUAGCUGGAAUGCUCACAUCUUGCUAUACAAGAUGGCAAGCAGCGCAAAGUUAGAAGUCUCGUCGUCGCAGCCUCCCCGGGCUGUGUCGUCGAAAAAACUGCAUUAUCCUUUUUGGUUUGGUGGUUCUGCUUCGUGCUUUGCCGCAACAGUGACACAUCCGUUGGAUCUUGUGAAGGUCCGCUUGCAAACGCGCGCUCCAGGUGCUCCUACGAGCAUGGUAGGCACGUUUGGCUAUAUUCUGAAAAAUGAUGGUUUCUUUGGAUUGUACGGUGGGCUCUCCGCAGCCCUCUUGCGACAGAUCACCUACUCUACCACGCGAUUCGGAAUCUACGAAGAGCUUAAGUCGCAGUUCACAUCGUCAUCUUCACCCCCUGGUACUCUCACAUUGAUUGCCAUGGCUUCUACGUCUGGUUUUAUUGGAGGAAUUGCAGGAAACCCGGCCGACGUUCUCAACGUGCGCAUGCAGUCCGAUGCUGCACUCCCUAUCGAGAAGCGACGCAAUUACAAGCACGCCUUUCACGGACUGGUUCAGAUGACUCGCGAUGAGGGUGCCGCGAGUUUGUUUCGCGGGGUGUGGCCCAAUUCUACUCGAGCUGUGCUCAUGACAACCUCGCAAUUGGCGACAUACGACACUUUCAAGCGCAUCUGCAUUGACAAGGCGGGAAUGUCAGAUAACCUCACGACACAUUUUACCGCGUCUUUCAUGGCCGGAUUCGUGGCGACAACGGCUUGCAGCCCCGUGGACGUUAUCAAGACUCGUGUGAUGAGUGCAUCUUCUGCAGAGAGCAGUGGCCACAGUCUCCUGGGUCUUCUGAAAGACAUCACUCGCAAGGAAGGCCUCAAAUGGGUCUUCCGGGGCUGGGUGCCCAGUUUCAUCCGCCUGGGACCCCACACAAUUGCAACAUUCCUCUUCCUGGAGGAACACAAGAAGAUCUACCGCAAACUGAAGGGCGUUCCAGAAGAUGCCCCGAAGCGAUAGAUGUGUUCUUCUUUCCUUCUCGUUUUUUUGAUGUACAUGAUUUCUGGCGGAGCAUAUUGAGGGCAUCAAAAGUUUACUUUUUUUGUACAUACGUUAUAUACAUUGGGGGGUUUCUGUUCUUUUUAUUUUGUUUAUCUUUUUUGUCACCUUUGGCCCUUUCAGCUUCUGCGAUGGUUGUUGAACAGCG